GUGACUCAUUGACUUUUACCCAGCCACCAUUCGAAGACCAGACCCGUCUUCCUUAUUCAUUCCUCCCAUCUAUUAACUCCAUUUCAACGAAUCCGUAAUCUGAUAUCCACACACGCGGCAAAAGAAGAGACAGCGACUCUGAUCGCGUAAAGACACUGCCUUUUUUAUACCAACUUAGCAAGUCUUCUACCUGCGAUAUCUGUCUGAAUCUCUUUCUCUCUCUCUCUCUCUCUCAGAAACAGUUGUCAGGUCUCUGUCUUACAUUGAUGGGUUGCUCCUGGUUCUCACGAAGGGGAGGAGGACCUUCUGAAGUUGAUGAUGGAGGAAUCGCAUCGAUACAAAACGUUAAGAUUUACAAAUACAAAGAGAUUCGUCAGGCUACAGAUGAUUUCAAUCCCCACAAUAAAAUUGGUGAAGGAGGCUUUGGUUCUGUGUAUAAGGGCCAUCUUAAAGAUGGAAAGAUCGCAGCUAUCAAAGUCCUCUCGGCUGAGUCAAGACAAGGCGUUAAAGAGUUCUUGACUGAGAUCAACGUGAUAUCAGAGAUACAGCAUGAGAAUCUUGUCAAGCUUUAUGGUUGCUGCGUGGAGGGGAAUCACAGGAUUCUCAUUUACAACUACCUCGAGAACAAUAGCCUUGACAAGACGCUUCUAGCUGGGGGAUACACUAGGAGUGGGAUACAGUUUGAUUGGAGAACUCGAGCCAAGAUCUGCAUUGGUGUUGCUAAAGGUCUUGCCUUUCUUCACGAAGAAGUAAGGCCGCACAUUAUCCACAGAGAUAUCAAGGCGAGCAACAUUCUACUUGACAGAGACUUAUCCCCAAAGAUCUCUGAUUUUGGACUCGCCAGGCUUAUGCCACCCAACAUGACUCAUGUCAGCACUCGUGUCGCCGGUACAAUUGGUUAUUUAGCUCCGGAGUAUGCUGUCAGGGGACAGCUGACGCGUAAAGCAGAUAUAUACAGCUUUGGAGUCCUUCUGAUGGAGAUAGUCAGUGCAAGAAGCAACAAAAACACUCGGUUACCCACUGAAUAUCAAUAUCUCUUAGAAAGAGCAUGGGAACUUUAUGAGCGGAAUGAGCUCGUGGAUCUUGUCGACGCAGGGCUAAACGGAGUCUUCGACGCAGAGGAAGCUUGCCGGUACCUAAAAAUCGGUCUUCUGUGCACGCAAGACAGUCCAAAGCUAAGACCAACCAUGUCCACGGUGGUGAAGCUGUUGACUGGGGAGAAGGAUAUAGACACAAGGAAAAUAACCAGGCCGGGUUUGAUAUCUGAUUUUAUGGACUUGAAAGUGAGAGGACCCGUGGUGGAAACAAAGCCAGAUGAUGAAGUGAACAGAAACAACUACACGAACCCUUCUUCUUAUAAUGCAUCGUCUAGCUCUGGGACUAGAGACAACUCAAAUGCUUACUCAUCAGGGGCUUCAUCAGCUGCUGCGGUUUCUUCGUUCAGCAGUACUAUUUAGAAAAGAUAAAAAAGUGUUUGAUGUUUCUGUCUCUCAUCAUCAUCUUUUCUUCUUUAUUGGAUGCAAACAUAGGUUUUCUGUUAUAUUUUUUGAAUUGAUAGCAACUGUAAGAGAAUGAGGUUUUCUGCCUCGCUCUUGUAAAGGUUGUCUUCAGUUUUAAACUAAGAUUUGAGUGUAUGUAUAUAAGUUUGAAUCUGCAUUGGUCCUAA